CUUCCCAGCGCCCCUGUCAGAUUGUGGCGGCAGGCCGCGCGGUGCGCUCUUUCCCUGCAGCCUGGGCGAGGAGGUUUGCGCGCCGGCACACCCCCACGUCCCUUAGGCGCCGCUGCCUUCUCUCCACUGGCCUCCGCUCCGCCCAGCCUUCUGCCGCACGCCCGUAGCGACAUGGCACACGCGGCGGUACGCUGCCCCAGCGCUCGGGGCUCCGGGGACGGUGAGAUGGGCAAGCCCAGGAAGGUGGCGCUCAUCACUGGCAUCACGGGGCAGGAUGGUUCAUACUUGGCUGAGUUCCUGCUAGAGAAAGGCUACGAGGUCCAUGGAAUUGUGCGGCGAUCCAGUUCAUUCAAUACAGGUCGAAUUGAACAUCUGUAUAAGAACCCCCAGGCUCAUAUUGAAGGAAACAUGAAGUUGCACUAUGGUGAUCUCACUGACAGUACCUGCCUAGUGAAGAUCAUUAAUGAAGUAAAGCCUACGGAGAUCUACAACCUUGGAGCCCAGAGCCAUGUUAAAAUUUCAUUUGACCUGGCUGAAUAUACUGCAGAUGUUGAUGGAGUUGGCACUUUACGGCUUCUGGAUGCAGUUAAGACCUGUGGCCUUAUCAACUCUGUGAAGUUCUACCAAGCCUCAACUAGUGAACUUUAUGGCAAAGUGCAAGAAAUACCCCAGAAGGAGACAACUCCUUUUUAUCCUCGGUCACCAUAUGGGGCAGCAAAACUCUAUGCUUAUUGGAUUGUGGUGAACUUCCGUGAGGCAUAUAAUCUCUUUGCAGUGAAUGGCAUUCUCUUCAAUCAUGAGAGUCCUAGAAGAGGAGCUAAUUUUGUUACUCGAAAAAUUAGUCGGUCAGUGGCUAAGAUUUACCUUGGACAAUUGGAAUGUUUCAGCUUGGGAAAUCUGGAUGCCAAACGAGAUUGGGGCCAUGCCAAGGACUAUGUAGAGGCUAUGUGGCUGAUGUUGCAGAAUGAUGAGCCAGAGGAUUUUGUCAUAGCUACUGGGGAAGUCCAUAGCGUUCGGGAAUUUGUAGAGAAAUCAUUUUUGCACAUUGGAAAAACCAUUGUGUGGGAAGGAAAGAAUGAAAAUGAAGUGGGCAGAUGUAAAGAGACCGGCAAAAUUCAUGUGACUGUGGAUCUCAAAUACUACCGACCAACUGAAGUGGACUUUCUGCAAGGAGAUUGCACCAAGGCGAAACAGAAGCUGAGCUGGAAACCCCGGGUCGCUUUUGAUGAGCUGGUGAGGGAGAUGGUGGAUGCCGACGUGGAGCUCAUGAGAAACAACCCCAACGCGUGAGCGCGGCUGCGGAGCCCCGGGCCGCCCCUGUGGGCCUAAGGUCCCUGCUUGGAAUCGGCUGGUGCGGGGGCCGCAGGUGUGAUCCCGGGAGGGGCGGGAGAAUCCGGCCCGUUCCGUGCGACCGUCGCUGACUCUGCGCCUUAUUCCCGCCGUUAGGAUGUGGGGCGGCUGAGGUUUGUAGCAGACGGGACGUGGCACUCCGGGGUUCGGCCCAAUUUCCUUUUGUAGAGGCCUCUUCUAAAGGGUUUUGUGAAAUCAACAAGAUAUUUUAAUCACAAGUUCACUGUACGCGAAUUAUGUCAUUAGACAACCGAAAUUGUGGGGCUUUCAAAUUGUUUUUCUCUUUUAUUAAAAAUGGCCUUUCUAUGAACUAGCA